UAUUUCUAUGCGUUACCAUUCACACAGUGACACACCCUAUAUAAGCACACACUGUAACACCCAACUAGCGUAAAACCUAUAUAUCUCUUCCCCACUCUCAGCCCCCGGAUUCUUGACGCUCCUUUGGUGUUUAGAGUGUGAAGAAUUGAUUUGCGGUGAUGGGUAUUCUCCCUCCGGGGUUUCGGUUUCAUCCGACUGAUGUGGAGUUGAUUAUGUAUUAUUUAAAGAGGAAAGUGAUGGGCAAGAAAUUUCUGUUUGAGGCUAUGGCUGAGCUCAAUGUGUAUAAGUAUGAGCCUUGGGAUCUUGCAGUAAAAUCUCUUUUGAAAAGAGAUCUUGAGUGGUACUUCUUUAGUCCCAGAGAGAGAAAAUAUGGUAGUGGGGCAAGAACAAAUCGUGCAACUGAGACUGGAUACUGGAAAGCCACCGGAAAGGAUAGAGGUAUUAUCUACAAUAAUCGGACUGUUGGCAUGAUUAAGACACUUAUCUUCUACAAGGGCCAUGCACCUAAAGGUGAACGGACUGACUGGGUUAUGCAUGAAUACCGCCUUGAGGAUAAAAAUUUGGCUGAUACUGAAAUUAUUCAGGAUUCAUUUGUGAUCUGCAAAAUAUUCCAAAAAAGUGGUCUGGGCCCUAAAAAUGGGGCACAAUAUGGAGCACCAUUUAGUGAGGAAGAAUGGAAUGAGGUUGAGAGUGCUGAAGAGGAUGGUCCUUUCCUAACCGAGCAUCUAAAGCCUAGCAAUCAUAACGCUUUAGUUGCAGUGAACUUGGCUGGAACUACAGCUUCAUGUAGCACGACCAUGUCAAAAGUGGUUCAAUGUCCAACACCCUUGGCCAUCAAUGACCCUUGUUCUCCAUCUGAAGGUGUUGUUUCAUGGUUGCCUAUCUGCACAAAUGGGGCUAUGCAUCCUGUUGAAAACUAUAGUACUGAGAAGACAAACAUGUUCAAAUCUUCCCAAGGAGCUCAAGAUCCAAUUACUAGUGCAGCAUUCAGUGAAGGAUUAAAUAAUACUCAAGAUAUCUGUGCUAUACACUCACCAGUCAAUGGGCAGGUCCUAUCAGGGCAUUCACCAUAUAGUGACUUGGAUAAUCUGGCUCCAUUGAACUUGAUUAUUCCAGGAACUACAUCUAGCUGCCCUAUAUCUGAACCAGGGUUACCGCGACUGUCUGCAACUAGCAAUAUCGACACCAAUAUGCCUUAUGAUCUGCCUGAAGAUGAACUGACUGCACUGUUGUCCAUGUUUACUGAAGAUAGCAGAAUGAUUCCCUUUGAAAACAAUGAGGAUUAUCACACUGUUAUUGACCAUUCUGUCAAAGCUCAAACUGGUGUGGAUAAGAACUUAAUCUACAAUGGCCUAGGAGAUUUGAAUAACUUGGGGGAACUGAGGAAUUCUGAUUUUGAUUUCUCAAACACACACAAUGCUAAUUAUACUCUACACACAAUGCUUCCGGACGAUGAUAUGAUCUUUUUGGAACUUAAGGAUCUCGACUCUCCAUUAAAGCAUUCUGUGGAAGCUAGGGAAUCUUUGCGGGGACCAUCUGAUAGCUCAUAUUCACCUUACACCUGCUACCAGAAUUUGGAUGGGUCCCCUGGUGGAAGUACUCUACCUAAGCAUGUACAAAAUGUUUCUAGAUUAAAUUUGACAUCUUUUCCUCCAGAAGGCUCUUUUUGGAUGGAGGAUUUAGUUGAAGUUUCAAGUAAGGGACCUGAUAUUCAGAACUCAGAAAUUAAUGGAUCUGACACUUUAACGGGAAAGAAAAAUCCAUUUCAGAUCUCAUGCAGACAACCAGUGGGAAGCAGCGUUGCUAGUCAAAUGCAGAGAAGAGGAAAACGACACAGAAAAUUUAUACUCCAAUUCUUGUUGGAGUCUAUUUUUUCUCAGUUGUCAGUUGCAGAGCUAUGUGCUCAUAUAAUAGCUGAGAAGUUGAAUGACAGUUGGUCUCAUUUUGGCGGCUCCACCAUUUAUUUCAAAGCUGAGGUGGCACUGAAGGUUGGCGAGUGCACUGAAGACGCUUUGUCACAUGAUAUGGGGGAGUCUAAUUGUAUGUGUUUUGGUUGGGGCAAUCUGCCCGAUAACAAUUUAGGGGAGACUAAUUGUGUCAUAAGAUUUGAACUCAUCAGUUAUCAGUGGAUAAUUAUAUCUUUACUUGCAAAAAUAGUUGUUAGAAGACCAAAAUAUGUGAUUGAUGUGAUAAUUGGUUCAUUAUUUCCCACUUGUGUUGUCCAAUUUUUCUUAGGGGUCAGGUUUACUGUAUAUGGAUACAUAUGUCUAGUUAAGGCUCUUAACAAGACAGAAUGGGUAGAAAUAAAAACCACUAGGUCGGAUUUGUAGAUAAUCUAAUCAUGG